AUGGAAAUUCAAUUGCAGCAGAAUCCUCUAGGUAAUACUUAUUCAUCUUUGUGGUCAGCUGCGAAGUUUUGGUAUCAUAUAAUGUAUAGCUCUGUCUCUGUGCAAUCGAGAGUGAUUAAAGGGUCAAUGGACAUAGAUUUGUCAAUGGAGGUUAGUCCCACUGAGGAGACUGUUGAAGCAUUAAUGGAGUAUUUGGUGGGUCCAUUGCUACCUUUGAAGCAUAGUGACACUGCAAAAGACACUCCUUCUCAAUCUCAACAAAAAUCCGUUGCCAAACAGGUUCAUGCUGCUGCAGUACUUUACAACUAUUAUCAUCUAAACCAACAACACCAAGAAAAAGAAUUCUUAAAGUUUGACCAAUUUUGCAACUUGGCAAUAAUGUUCAAACCAAGCAUACUUCAACACAUGAAAUACAUGACUCAAUCUAAUCGCCCAACCAUAAAAGAACCUGAAAACCAGCUUUCAUUAACUGAAAAAGCAAUCAUGGAUGCAUGCACAAUAUCAGAAACUUUGCUACAUGCUUCAUCUGAUAUCUCAAAUAUGAUAAAAGAAUGGCCAAUAACUAAAGUGGCUAUCUUUUUGAUAGAUUCCAAGAAAGAGAAUUGCUUUCUACAGUUUGAUAAUGGAGUAUGGUCAGUUAUCGAAAAGGAUCUUUAUAGUGAAGAGAGUGGAAUUGAGAACGAGGGUAAAAAGGGUAAAAAAAGAAAAUUGUCAAAGCUGAGAAAGUAUGAUGAAGAAGGUGAAAACGAGUUGCAGAAGGUUGCGUUUUCAGCUGUUAAGGAAAUAGCAGGAAUCAAUAGUGAGCUUAAAGUUUUAGAAGACCAUGUAGUUUAUUCACUGAGUCAAGCAAAAACUGCAACUCAUUUUUACAUACUUCAAAGUACACAAUCAAUUAAUGAGGAUAAAUUGGUUCCUAUUCAAGAUGCUAUUUCUAGCUUACAUGGCCCUGUAGUAAAGAAGAGUUCAGGGAGUUGGGUAAUUACUCCUGUUGUUGAGUAUUAUUACCUUCUUCCAUAUGCUGAAAUUAUUUCCAAUUGGUUUAAAAGAUCAAAUGGAUUAACGGAUCAGAUGGAAGAGGGAACUGCAGAUUCAAAAAAAAAUCAGGGGUUACAAAAGUCAACUGAAAAACAAGGUGGUCAAAGUAAACGACAAAUAAAGUCAAAGAUGGAGUCCAAAAGCAUUCACAUGAGUAACUCUAAUAAAAAAGAUGAAGACAGAGUUACUAAAACAAGAAGUAUAUCCAACAAAGACAUGAAAACUGAAAAUUCUAAUGGAAAAAAGACGUUGAGUGUUGAAAGUGAUUGUUCAAAGCAGAAAGAAGAAGUGAAUGGAUCUUGUGGAGUUUAUCAUCAUGAAAAAAGAACAACUCCAACGAAUGCUAUCAGCAUAAAGGAUAAUGUGAAGAACUUGAAAAACGUGUCAAUCGUUAAUGAAUGCAAAGAUAAAAGGGUUGAUGGUGAAAAGAAAUCUGUUGAUUCAAAGAGAUCUGAAUUAUCAGAGGCUGCCCUUCGAGCUCUUUUUAACAAAAGACAAAAACUGUCUAAUCAACAACGGAAUAUAGAAGAUGAGUUGAGUUUGUGUGAGAAAAAGAUUCAGGCAAUUAUGGAGGGUGGUAUAGGAGAUUGUUUGGGUUUAAAACUAGAGGCUGUUAUUGAUUGUUGCAAUGAGAUUUGCCAACAAAGCAACAUGCAAAUUCAAGACUUGAAAGUCGGUAGAAGCUUGCCUUUGUCUGAAGCCCAACUCACUUUACGAAAAGCAUGCGAGGAAUUGGAUGAUAUUUGUCUAUCAAACAGUUGGAUGUUGCCAACAUAUCAUAUGUCACGUUCAGAUGGUGGGUUUGUGGCGAAUGUAAGUGUAAAAGGAAGUGAUUUUGAGUGUUCUGGUGUGAGUGGUAUGCAACAAAGUAUUCGUGAAGCCAGAAACUCAGCUGCAACUCACGUGAUCACCAAAUUGCAGCAAAUGGCUCUUAACCACACCGCUACUAUUCUUUAGUGUAAAACAUUUGUGACUCUGACUGAUUCAGUGAGUGAUAAAUAAUUUAAUUGUAAUUUCUAAUUUUAAGUGCCCUUGAAAGAUGUAGGAACCAUGUAAAGGGAACACUUCGCUGUAUUGUUUAUUUGCAUCUAUUUUUUUUUUUUUACAAGUAUGUGAAUAUGGAGUUUGACAUAUUAAAAGUCUCGUAAGUGGCU